AUGGUGCAACUGAGUGGUGAGGAGAAGACAGCCAUCCUGGCCCUGUGGGGCAAGGUGAACGAGGAAGAAAUUGGUGGUGAAGCCCUGGGCAGGGUGGUAUCCAGGCUGCUGAUUGUCUAUCCAUGGACUCAGAGGUUCUUUGACUCCUUUGGGCAUCUGACCACUUCUGCUGCUGUUACAGGCAACCCCAGGGUGAAGGCCCAUGGUAAGAAGGUGCUACACUCCUUUGGUGAGGGCGUGCAUCAUCUUGACAACCUCAAGGACACCUUUGCUCAGCUGAGUGAGUUGCACUGUGACAAGCUGCACUUGGAUCCUGAGAACUUCAUCCUCCUGGGGAACGUGCUGGAUGUUGUGCUGGCUUACCACUUUGGCAAGGAAUUCACCCCUGAGUUGCAGGCUUCCUAUCAGAAGGCAGUGUCUGGUGGGGCCCAUGCCCUGGCUCACGAGUACCACUGA